AAUUGGAUACUGUUUCCACCACUGCUCACCAAGUGUAAUGGAUUUAUACUAUAGUUCAGUUGGGGGCGGUAAUGCAACAUAUUGGAUGCUUACCCCCGUUAAACUCCACUGAAGAAGAAGCAGAAGCGGCGGUAUUUUUUUUUUAUGCCACACGGCUGUCAAGGCAACGGAACUCGUGUAGUUAGCUAGCAGGGCAAUGAAAAUAGAUUGAAUAAUGUUGCAAAAUGUGGAAUUUCUUAUAUUUGAGCCAUAAUUUGCUUGCUAGAGCAAAUAGCUUCUAGCGUUUGCCACGGGCGGAGCGAACUUUAGCCACUCGUUGCAGCUGAAGUUAGCUAGCUAACAUAAGUUUGUCACAUACAAAAGGGGAAACCAGUGUCAUUGAGUUUGUCAUUUUGUAAAAAUAAUAUAUAUUCUAGGCAUUAACUCGUUAGCUAUGGCAAGUAAAAAGCUCAGAAGAACAGGUAUGUCACUCGAAGUAUGCGAACGACUCAAGCGCCACCAAAUCGAAACUUGCCAGGACCUGCUGUCCCUCACACCUCUAGAGGUGAUGCGCCUAGCGGGGCAGAGUUACCAGCAGGUGUUGAUGCUGCUUCAGUCAGUCAGCCAGGCCUGUGCCCCUUCAAUGACCACGGCGUUGGAGGUGUGGAAGCAGAGGGCUGACCUGUGUUUCUCCACAUCACUACCCGCCCUGGACAGACUGCUUCAGGGAGGGCUACCACGGGGGACACUCACAGAGGUGACUGGCCCCUCAGGUUGUGGGAAGAGCCAGGUGUGUAUGAUGCUCAGUGUGCUGGCCACUCUGCCAAAGUGCAUGGGUGGCCUCGACAGCGGAGUCAUCUACAUAGAUACAGAGUCGGCUUUCUCAGCAGAGAGGUUAGUGGAGAUUGCUCAGAGCAGGUUUCCAGACUACUUCUGUGAGAAGGAGCGUGUGUUGGAGAUGGCUGGUCGUGUUCACCUUUUUCGGGAGCUCACGUGUCAGGAUGUCCUGGACAGACUGGAGAGGCUGGAGGAGGACAUCAUCUCCUCCAAGGCUGGGUUGGUAAUUCUUGACUCUGUGGCCUCAGUGGUGAGGAAGGAGUAUGACACAACACUGCCUGGGAACCUCACUCACCGCAGCAACCUGCUGGGCCAGGAGGCUGCCACCCUCAAAUACCUGGCUCAGGCCUUUCACAUCCCUGUGGUCUUGACCAACCAGAUCACGACGCAUGUGGGCAAUCGAGGAGAGAGAGGCGCUGCGUCAUUCAGGGGAGCAUCCGAUGCGAGGGAUUCUGGGUAUGUGACGGCAGCGCUGGGGAACACAUGGAGUCAUAGCGUCAACACCCGCCUCAUUGUCCAGUAUGUAGAUACACACCAAAGACAGAUUGUAAUAGCGAAGUCACCUGUGGCCCCGUUUGCUGUUCUAAACUACACCGUUCAGAAGGAGGGCAUCCGUCUAGAGGGAAAUGAUGAUAACCAGGAAGUGUUGCAUCAAGGCACAGACCCGGGCCUCCAGCCGAUCAGAGUGAGGACAGGAUUCAACUACAACCUGACACAAGCCAAUCCUGCUGGCGUUGGCCACCUGAAGUGUCUUUGACUGUGUGUGUGUGUGUGUGUGUGUGUGUGUGUGUGUGUGUGUGUGUGUGUGUGUGUGUGUGUGUGUGUGUGUGUGUCAGGGCUCUACAGUGCUACCAUUUUCGGGGCAUAUGCUCCUAAAUAUUUUGCUGUGCUACCAGGAAUUUUAAUUUGGGAAUACCAGUGCCCAUAGAAAACACAUCACCCAGGUAAUAAUUGUUGUAAUGAUUUCUCCGCAGCCUCCGUAGUAUGCAAUCAUGGUGGCACAGAAAGAAAGGAAAAUCGUUUUUUUAGGAGAUGAGGAUUCAUAUAGAUCCAAUGUAUAUGGAACGCUGUUUGGGUCUUGUGUGUCAAAAAAGUAACAAAAAAAUAACGCUAUUUGACGUGUCAAGUAACGCUAACACAAUUUGACACCUCAAAUAGGCUUGUUGACCAAUCAGGACCUGAAUAUGACUGCACGUCACAUAAUUUAACACGUUCAGUAAUGUUUUACGUAGUUAUUACACAUUGAUUACACAAUCACUGCUGGACAUAAAAAAGCUAGCUAGCUGAGGGAUGCAAACAAUGUUCUUCCCCAAAAACAUAGCAAAAUGACAUCUGUUUCAGUAGCUAUAGUUAACUAGCUAACUAUCUAACUAGGUGGUGUCAUCUAAAAUACUCCUAAUUUACAAGACAGUUCUUAUUUGAUUAAUGGUGGUUGGACCCACCUAUGUGAAGCUAGCCACAAUAAGGUUUAGCCACAACAGUGGAAUUGGCGGUUCACCUUCAAAAAUAAAAUCAAAUGUUAUUUGUCACAUGCGCCAAAUACAACAGGUGUAGACCUUACAGUGAAAUGCUUACUUACAAGCCCUUAACCAACAAUGCUUUAAGAAGUUAAGAAAAACGCGUUAAAUAGAAAAAAAGAAAAGCACAUUUUUUUUUGUCCAUUUAAAAUGACAUCAAAUUGAUCAGAAAUACAGUGUAGACAUUGUUAAUGUUGUAAAUGACAAUUGUAGCUGGCAAUGGGUGAUUUCUAAUGAAAUAUCUACAUAGGCGUACAGAGGCCCAUUAUCAGCAACCAUCACUCCUGUGUUCCAAUGGCAAAUUGUGUUAGCUAAUCCAAGUUUAUCAUUUUUAAAGGCUAAUUGAGCAUUAGAAAACCCUUUUGCAAUUAUGUUAGCACACCUGAAAACUGUUGUUCUGAUUAAAGAAGCAAUAAAACUGGCCUUUAGACUAGUUGAGUAUCUGGAGCAUCAGCAUUUGUGGGUUCGAUUACAGGCUCAAAAUGGCCAGAAACAAAGAACUUUCUUCAGAAACUCAUUAGUCUAUUCUUGUUCUGAGAAAUAAAGGCUAUUCCAUGCGAGAAAUUGCCAAGAAACUGAAGAUCUUGUACACCGCUAAAGCUAGCUAGUUACCCCAGAAGUUGGUGAUAACAUCUGUAUCAAAGAUAUUUGCAAACAUUUUUGAUCCUGCUCAUUUGAUCCUGCUCUAAUUCCAAAUGCUCACACAGACGUUUUCCCAUUCGAUCGAAAAAAAUAAUUCCUUAUUACCAACGCAGUAUUGUACAACUUUGGCUGUGAUCAUAAUGGUGGCUCUUGGCUUACACUUGCAAAUUCAGCACACAGAAUUCUACAAUAGAAUUGUAUUAUUUGACAUGUCAUAUUAAAAGCUUAUUUGACCAGUCAAAUAGUGUUAUUUGAUGUGGGGGUUUUUACAUGCAAAAAAACAAACGCCAUUCCAUAAAUGUAGGCUAUAUCUCAAUCUUAAAAAUCUAUUUUACUGGUGGUAAACCCUGUAUUUUUUAAUUGCUGGCAAUUCUCAUUAAAAGGGGCAAUCUGCAGUUAAUACAUCCAUUUUUUUAUACUUAUAAAUUAAUAAUGUAAACCCAUUGAUUCUUGAAGAGUAUAACUUAUAAAUGCCCCAUGAGCUUAGCAGACAAAAUAAAAGCUUGUUUUUCCCCAAAGUAAAUGUAAACAAAGACUGUAUAGCCUCAAAACAAAAAACGGAAAUAUUGAUAUCAUGGAUUGUCAGUCCUUGCAUCCAUAGCUCUAUCUAUGCGUUUGAGUGUGGUUACAUUUCUCCAGCCCCAUCCCGCAACCUUUUACAGAAACAAGCCUUUUGUUAUCAUUUCAACUGCGGAUUGCCUCUUUAAUAUUUGUCAAUGUGCUCCUACAUUUUUCAGCUCAGGACCACAUGUGCUCCUUGUAAAAACUGUAGAGCCCUGUGUGUGUGUGUGUGUGUGUUUUGAAUUUGUGUGUGCAUGUCUGCUCACAGUAUGUGUGUUUGUCUGUGUUUGUGACUUGGUGUCUUUAACAUUCCCCUUGUUGUUAAUUAGAAUGUUCUCAAAAUACCAUGUACAAUACUGUAUAUUAAAAUAAAACACUUCACCAACCUA